AUGCGUUGCCUGGUUUCACGUAUCAACCACAAGACACUAAUUGUCAUCUGUGCGGUUUUUGCCCUCAUCACUGUGCUGCUGUGGAAUAAGUGUUCCAGUGACAUAGACCUGCACUCCCCACCAAAGCCCCAGCCAGAACCUGAGCCAGCUGCUACUCCAGAGGAGGAGGAAGAGGCAGGUGGGGACCACGCCCAGCUUCCAGAAGCACUUGCUGUAGCCCAUGAGGUCCCAUAUGAGCAGAUUGACUGCUUGAUCAAUGAUGAUGUCACCAUUAAAGGUCGACGGGAGGGCAGUGAGGUAUUCCUGCCCUUCAGCUGGGUGGAACGUUACUUCAAUGUCUACGGCCGGCUUGUACAGUAUGAGGGUGUGGAGCGUUUUGAGUUCUCCCACAGCUAUUCACGUGUUUAUGCUCAACGGGAGCCUUACCAUCCAAAUGGAGUCUUCAUGUCCUUUGAAGCCUACAAUGUUGAAGUACGUGAGCGAGUGAAAUGCAUCAGUGGGGUGGAGGGUGUGCCUCUCUCCACCCAGUGGGGCUCUCAGGGUUACUUCUACCCAAUUCAGAUAGCCCAGUAUGGGCUGAGCCACUACAGUAAAAACUUGACUGAGCGGCCUCCAGAUGUUAAGGUCUAUGGACAGGCAGAUGAGUGGAACAGUGCCUGGACAGUCCCCAAAGGCUGCUCACUCACCAAAGUCCAGGACCAGGUCCGCUCCACAACAGUUCACCACUUCGGCACUCCAGAGAAUUCUGAGGGUAUUUCUCUGCUUCUGGACAACUCAAAGGAUUUCAUCUUAUCCCUUGAUGUUAAAUUUGUCUCCAACGGCAGUGUGUCUGUGGUCCUGGAGACAACUGAGAAUGGAGCUCCAUAUGUCAUCACAUACAUGACUAACUCAGUGCUCCUCACCCUUCGGGACCAUGAAGUCACCUAUGGCAUAGGGCCUCGAACCUCCUGGGGCACUUUGAGCCGUGACCUGCUGACUGACCUGCGUAAAGGUGUGGGUCUGUCCAACACUAAGGUUGUUAAAGCCACCAAGGUAAUGCCUCGUCGUGUGGUCCACCUGGUGCUGCAUGGUCAGGGAUUUAUUGACAACAUCACCAUCUCCUCUACUGCCCACAUGGCUGCUUUCUUUGCUGCCAGUGACUGGCUGCUUCGCAACCAGGAUGAGCGAGGCGGUUGGCCCAUCUGGGUGACACGGAAGCUGGGAGAGGGUUUUAAAAGACUGGAGCCUGGUUGGUACUCAGCCAUGGCCCAGGGCCAGGCCAUGUCUACACUGGUCCGGGCUUUCCUUCUCACUCGGGAGCCUUCAUACCUUGCUGCUGCUGUUCGUGCAACAGCGCUCUUCAAACGUUCAGUGGAUCAGCAUGGUGUGAAGACCCUGUUCAUGAACAAGUACCACUGGUAUGAGGAGUACCCUACCACUCCAAGCUCCUUCGUGCUCAAUGGUUUCAUUUACUCCCUGAUUGGGCUCUAUGAUGUUGCAGAGACAGCAGGUGACAAGCUGGGUCGUGAGGCUGGUGUGCUCUUCAGCCGAGGGCUGGAGUCACUGAAGGCAAUGCUGCCUCUUUUUGACACAGGUUCGGGUACAGUCUACGACCUGCGCCACUUUACACUGGGUGUUGCACCUAACCUGGCACGAUGGGACUAUCAUACCACACACAUCAACCAGCUGCAGCUGCUGGCAUCCAUUGACAGUGCGCCUAUUUUCAGGGAAUAUGUCAAACGCUGGAAAAGCUACUUGAAAGGGGGGAGGGCGAAGCACAACUAG